ACGGAGCGAGUGAAGGAGGACGCGAUUUGGACCUGGAAAAGGAGCUGUCGUGCUCGCUUCUGCGGAAGUUGCUUGAAAGAAUGGUUCGCAUGGCAGGCUUCUUCGAAGGGCCAUGUAUACUCAUGCCCAGCAUGUCGAGCCGUUGUGCGCGACACCAGGCCGAAUGCGACGCUUAGCACGCUGCUCGACAUGUUCCUGCAGGCUCACCCUGACAAAGGCAAGACGGCUCAAGAAAAGCUGGACAUGGACAAGACGUACAAGCCUGGAGACAACGUAGUACCACCGGUAGACCUGGGCCAGGUAUCAGAUGAUGAGGACGAGGAAGAACAACAAAUGCUGGCCCAGGCGCGUGAGAUGAGUCUCAACGACCUAGGCCUUGGGAACCGCCCAAGAGAGUCAACUCACACACGCCAGAAUCGCCGUCGUGACGACUCGCCUCGCUCAGCCCGAGCCGAUGCUUUGUCCCAUCAGUCCAGUAUACGCUCGCUUCUGAGCCAGUCCGAUGUGGACUUGGGUGAUAUGGAAGAUGAGAUUAUGCGCCAUAUCAUUGACCAUGGCCUUCUGGACGGUGUCGAUAUCAACAAUCUGACUCCGGAACAGGAGGAAACCAUCACUGAUUCUAUUGCGCGAGCAUAUCGUUCUCGCCGCCGUCAAGACCGCCGUGAACGCCAUCAUAACCGUGACCGCUCUGCUGCUCGUCCUUCUCCACGACCUUCUGCCCAUCGCCAUUCUCCUCACUCUUCAUCAUAUAGACAUUCUCCUUCGACCUCGACCCACAGACAUUCUCCUUCGUCGUCAACCCAGCGCCGAACUACUUCGACUGCUACGACACUUAAUCCUCAUGCCUCGACUCCAGUCGAAACUCAAUCCUCCCCAGCAAGGCGCCGUGCUGCCUCAGCUCAUCAUUCUCACCGAGUCGAUACCACAUCUGAUCGGCACCGCCAUCUAGCUCCUGAUUCGCCUUCACGACCUUCCAAUCACAGUUCGCCCGCUCUUCCCAUUCCUUCCCGAGAAGAGUCAGUGACUGACGUGCCUGGUCCUUCGAUAAGUUGUUCAAGGUGCGAGAAACCUGACAUACAACACUCGCUACAUUAUAAAUGCGACAAGUGCUCCGGCGGUAACUUCGAUUUGUGUCUCGGAUGCUAUCGUGCAGGAAAAGGCUGUCUGAAUUGGCAUGCCUCUGUUGCGCAUACCUCCCAAGCUCCCAACUCUUCGCAACGACACUCACCAUCAGAGUUAUACCCACCACCACUAACGCCCACCAACUCUGCCUUCCACUUUGCCGUCCCCUCAGCAUCUAUACCCCUAUUGCCACACGUACCCGACCCCUCCUCCUACAUCCCCAUUACCUUAGCGUCCUACUGUGACAUCUGCCACUACUCGAUCCCACCUUCACACGCUCGCUUCCACUGCAACACCUGCAACAAAGGCAACUACGACAUCUGCAACUCCUGCUACCACUCCCUCGUCAACACAGGCAAGAUAUCCCGCGACAACGGCCCCUCAGGCUGGCGCCGCUGCCUCCGCUCCCACCGCAUGACUAUCAUCGCCCACGAAUACCACAACCACACACCCCACCGCAUCAUCAUCCUCUCCAUGGUCGGCGGCCACGCCCUCAAAGACUCCAUUCCCUCCUCUCAAGACCACUGGCGCUGGAAAGAAAAUGACGGCACUGCCAAAACUGCUUCUGCGGCUCUGUUUACUGCCUCUUCCUCUCCACACGCAUUUCCACCUUCUGGAGGUAUUGGACUUACAGUUCAGGCUCUGUGGUCGUACUUCCCUGGCGANGGGGUGAGGGAUGAGUUGAGUUUUCCGCGGCAUGCGAUUGUUACUGAGGUGGAAGAUAUCAACGGCGAUUGGUUCUGGGGUGUUUAUGCUGGGGCCAAGGGACUGUUUCCUGGUAACUACGUUAGGGUCGUGUGA